GAAGGGAAGAAGAGGUUACCCCCCCAUCGUCCCUGACUCGCCCCGAAAAGCGGAGAUGGGUCCUGGGACAAUCGGGUCCGCCAACCCCCUAAUGGGGGAAGUAGGAGAAGGAAGGGGAGGGGUCGCCCCACCCCCUGUUGCUGAGGGGAAAGAGAGAGAAGAGGAUCCCAGGCCCUUGGAGGUGGGAAUACUAAUGAGAGAGACAGAGCGAGAAGGGAGCAUUGAAGCGGCUGCCCAGAGCACAGCACCGUGCGCUAGCUACUCAUUACCUUAUCCCUCAGGGAGUGAGGACUCCUGGAGGAUGAAGAAAUGUUUUUUACAGGAGGCUUGAGAUCUCUUCUUCCCCUUGCAGUCAGAAGUCUAAUUCGAUUCAACAAACUCAAUAUAAGUAAUACUUCUGGCAUGGCUAAGGGCUAUAAACUGGCAAAUGUUGUGAUUUUGCACAAAUCCCUUGCUGAUGACUUUGAAAAGUUUUGCCAUGCAAAUGAUGGACCUCUCCCACUGCUGUACAGAAGUAAACCAGGUGAAUGGAAAUGUCCUUCUCUGAGCAGCAAUUCUGAUAUCAGAACUGAUUGCCAACAAUACAGGAUAUAUGAGUAUGGAGCUUGUACUGGCACUUCGACAAGCCUAAAGGAUUAUUUUGAUCAGCUUAAAGACAUGGUGACUUUUUACUUAGGCUGCAGCUUCUCAUUUGAAAAGGCAGCCCACAAGGUUGGUGUUCCUCUAAGGAACGUUGAGCAGAAAUGCAACGUAAGCAUGUACAAGACAGAUAUGCCUUGUUGCAGAGUUGCUAGUUUUUGCUGCAAUUUAGUGGUCACAAUGAGACCAAUUCCUGAAGACCAGUUAGAAGCAGUUGUGGAAGCUUCUUGCCCAUUGAAAGACUCACAUGGAGCACCAGUUCACAUUGGUAACCCUGGCCUAUUAGGAAUCCAAAACCUUUCCAGCCCAGACUAUGGAGAUCCAGUUCAGCCUCACCCUCAGGAUGUUCCAGUGUUUUGGGCCUGUGGAGUAACAGGGGUGGAAGCAGUCAGCAACUGCAAGUCUCCGCUGGCUUUUACACAUUUUCCUGGGUGCAUGUUUAUUACUGCCCUGAAGAAUGAAGAUGCUCCAGUUCAUAACUCUAAAGAAAUCCCCACGGUCCACUGCAUUUCUCAAAAUGCUUUGCAUUAUAGCAUUGCAUCAGAAACAGCUGUGCAAAAGAUAAGAGAGCUAGAAAGUCUAAUUGGAGUAGAUCCAGGAGACCGGGGUAUAAAACAUUUGUGCUGCCAGGAUGAGCUACUAAAGACUUGCCUCUCCCUUUCACAUGCCCGAUCAGUGCUGAUAACCACUGGAUUUCCUACUCACUUCAACCAUGAGCCACCUGAAGAGAAUGAUGGACCUCCAGGAGCCAUUGCUAUGGCAGCCAUGUUGCAGAGCUUGGAGAAAGAUGUUGUUAUAAUAACAGACCAGAGAGCCAUGGGUUUGAAUAAAAAGAUUAUUGAGGAUUGUGUUCAGCAAGGGGUACUGAAGACACCAGUGCCUCUAUUGAGUUAUCAGGGAGAUGCUGCAGAGUCAGCUUUGAUGUUUUUGUGUGAGAAUGGGAAUCUUGAAAGACCCAGAUUUGAUCACCUGAUAGCAAUAGAACGUGCAGGGAUGGCUGCUGAUGGCAAUUAUUACAAUGCAAGGAAAGUCAAUAUUAAGCAUCUAGUGGAUCCCAUAGAUGAACUGUUUCUAGCUGCACAUAACAUCCCUGGAGUCACAACAACAGGCAUUGGGGAUGGAGGAAAUGAACUGGGAAUGGGAAAAGUAAAAGAAGCUAUAAGGAAACACAUAAAAAAUGGAGAUGUUAUAGCUUGUGACGUUGAAGCUGAUUUCGCUAUUGUAGCCGGGGUAUCUAACUGGGGAGGCUAUGCUGUUGCUUGUGCUCUGUAUAUCCUCAACACCUGUGAAAUACAUGAUCGCUAUCUGAGGAAAGCUAUUGGGUUCCCCAGAUUGUCCAAGAAGGCAAACUGGGCAUCAGCACUUCCAUCCAUUACUAAGGAAGAAAAGUUGCUGAAAACACUUAUACAGCAUGGAGUCCGUAGUGGAGUAACUGCCAGUCUCGAAAUGGAAGUGGAUGGACUGCCCUUCUACAACAUACACUCACUUAUAAUUGAAAAACUGCUGGAGCAGAUACCAUGAUGACUUUUCCCUAACCAUUUCUAAACUCUAAAGUUUCUAUUAGAUUCUCUCUCCACCCCAAUCUAACAACAAGGUAUGGAAGACCAGAAAAGGCUUGUUCUAUAUAUGUAGGUACUUAUAUGGUUGUAGCAGGGUGGACUCAGCCCUGCAGCACCUCCUGCUGGUCUCUUAGGGAAUUAGCUCGAUUUCCAGCCCAGAGCGCCCUCUGCAGUCUGGUGAUCCACUACCGCUUGGCCCCCAUUUUCCUCCCUGGACUCCGGUGCCCUGUUAGCUGGGGUGCUGCCCCCUGGCAGUAACCCCUUUCUCUCAGGGUCUCCCCUCCCCAGGAAACCCCCACCCACUAUCCCCACCUCACCUCAGUAUAAGGCUACUGCCAGUCAUCAUCUAGCCUCACGCCCUGGGGCAGACUGCAAUAUCAGCCUACUCAUCACCAGCAAGGUUGGGUUUGGACCUGCUGCCUUUGCCUACCCCUGGGCUGGCCCUCUGCAACCCCCAGUACCAGUUGGCCUUAUGCUAGGCCGCAGCCUGGGGCUUUCCAGGCUGGAGCUCCCCAGCUCCUCUGCCUUUCCCCAGCCCUGCUCCACUCAGGUACCCUAUCUCUAGCCCCCUGCAGCCAGGCCCUUCUCCCUCUACAGGCAGAGGAAGACUGUUUGGCCUCUGGCUCACAGCCUUUUUAUACAGGCCCAGCUGUGGUUGCUUCCCCAAUCAGCCCAGCUUUUAGAGCUUUUCCCCUGCCCCAGCCCUCUCCCAGGGCUGUCUUUAAACCCUUCUGGGCAGGAGCGGGUAACCACCCUGCUACAAUGGACUCCAUGGGAGGGAGGGAUAGCUCAGUGGUUUGAGCAUUGGCCUGCUAAACCCAGGGUUGUGAGUUCAAUCCUUGAGGGGGCCAUUUAGGGAACUGGGGUAAAAAAUCUGUCAGGGGGUUGGUCCUGCUUUGAGCAGGGGAUUCAACUAGAUGCCCUCCUGAUUAAAAAAAACAGGCCUUGUACUCCCCGGCGCAUACUUCAGGAGGUGUGGGCCGCUUUGCCGCCUGCUGCUUGGGCCUACCUCGACCGGGUCCUGCGAGAGGGCACGCCCCCUCCACCCUGGGCCCUCUGGACCUUUUCAUCAGGCCCCUGCCCUGUGGACCUAACUGGCCCCCCCACCCCUUCUCCGUGAGCCGGCUGCACGACUUGCAGCCGGUUCGUUUCCAGACUAUGCCAAGAAAACAUCUAUACACGCUCAUGCUCCACACCCUUCACUUCCUCACCCUUGUGUCCCACCCCAACCCAAAGUGGCAGGACCUCCUGCCACCUUUAGAGGGUGAGAAGCCCCAGUGGGCCAGCCUAUAUUCCACCCUGGUCCCGAGGCCCGCCGGGGAUAUCAGCUGGCGGCUCCUUCACGGGGCCAUGAGUACGGGCGUGUAUUUGGCAUGGUUUACCCCUGUCCCAGACACCUGCCCCUUCUGCGACGUGAGGGAGACCCUGGCGCACCUUUACUUGGAGUGUGCCAGGUUGCAGCCCCUGUACCGGCUCCUCAAGAAUAUUCUGUUAUGUUUCUGGCUGCGCUUUUCCCCUCACCUCCUCCUCUAUGCACUCCCUAUCUGUGGCCCCACAAAGUCAUGGGUCAACUUCCUCCUGGCCCUGGCUAAAACGGCCAUAUAUAAAACCAGGGAGAGGUGGUCUCCAAUGGAGACUCCUGUGACUGUGGGCCCUGUUUCCGAUCCUCUGUCCGUUCACGUAUCUGGGCAGAGUUCCUCUGGGCGGCGUCCACUGGCUCCCUUGACGCCUUUGAGGAGCAGUGGGUGCUUUCCAGGGUUCUCUGCUCGGUGUCCCGAUCAGGCUCC